CAGGAAAUGAUGUUGCUGCAGCUUUAUUAAGUAUGUGAAAUCGGAAAUCUUAUGGCACAGCCAAGGUAAAAUUUACUGAAGAUACUAUAUUUUCUUGACUUAAUACAGGGUUUGUACGCCCCCUGGAAAUCCUGGAAAACCCUGGAUUUUUAUUUUACUCCUGAGAAACCCUUGAAAACCCUGGAAUUUCAAAUUUAUCCCUGGAAAAACCUGGAAAACUGAGAAACUGAGCUGGGUAUAGGAUCAUACCUAAACUAUUUAAGACUAUCUUAAAAAGAAAGAUUGAACAAAAGGUUCUUGCAUUAUAUACUGUAUAGUCAAACUAUGAAUAUAUUUCGUUCAAACUGGUACAAACCCAAAAGUAUCUGUGCAAGAUGAAGUACUAGCCGUCACGAACGUUUCUUAUCUGUUAAACACUUAUAGAUUUAUAUUUCAAAAGCCCCUGGAAAAAGGAUGAAAAAAGUCCUGGAAAACCCUGGAUUUUUUAAAUUAUGAAGGUGUACGAACCCUGUUAAUACUUCACCUGUGCACUGUAUUUUUAUUGUUUAAUUAUAAUAACAUUCAAAAUAAAUUUUAUAUAUACUGGUAUUAUACUUCUAUCCAGAACCAAUCCACCGCCAGUUCCUCCCAGGGUUGAUUUAGGAGAAACAGAGGAAAGUGAACUUGAUAGGUAAGCAUGUACAGGAUUGUACUGUAUACUGACUGAAUUUCCAACAAAUAGAGGAACUACAAGUAUUGGACAAAUUUCAUUAAAAAUUUGAUCAUGAAUUGCAGACAAAUUCACCAUUCCAGAAACUACUGUAUUUUACAUUGGUCAUACAUCUCUUUCAUGAUUGAGGUUUAGGGCAUUUUAUAAUCCAUAAUUUUAUAAAUGUUUGUGUAUGCAUUUAUCCACUCCAUAAAUAUCAUAAACUGCAUGCCAUCAUUAAUAUGGUACAGUAACUGUAAGUCUGUAGCAAUGUUGCAAGACAGGAUUUUUCAUGUUUUGUUUUAAAAAUUAGCACGAUGUAUUUAUUUGCCUGGCUAUUAGUCCGUACUGCAAUGCAUCUAAGACUUAGCGUAUAUAUCUACCAGUCCUAAUGCAUCAGUAAAUUAUGGUUCAGGUUGUACUUAACUUUAAUUUCUAUAUGGUGACGUAGAUAUAUAAUUAAAUCUUACACGGCUUAAUGCAGCAAGAAAUAGUGGAGAAGUGCUGUCUAUAUUGCUUUCUUGUUUGUUUCAUUAAUAAAAAUGUGUUAAAUAAACAAUUGUUUGAGAUUGGAGAUUUGACUAGCCUAAAUCGGUCGGUCACAUGUUCGGUCAUAAAAAGCUUUGAUCAGACAAAAGAUAAAAUUUGGCCGGACAAUGUCCGAUGACCGGCACUAAUUUGCAGGCCGGCAAGGCGAUGCGUUAUCCGUAAUAAUCUAGAGUCUAGAGACUGAGGCUAAUAUUGAUGUAAACUUAUAUAGCAGACCGCUAACCGCGCAAACGGAAAACUUCAAAUCGCAAUUGGAGAUAAGUAAUUCUACAUGUUUUCUGCAGCUAAGUAUGUUAUGUUAUAGUAUUUUUAAAUUAUAUCUUAUUAUGUACAGUAUGCAUAUUUAAUUGUAUGCACAUCUAAUUCGUGCUUCAAUUUCAAUGGAAAUUACCCUAUGAACUAGCUUGAAGUGACUUCAAAUAGCUAACAGUUAGCUCAAGUUUGCUGUUUCCGGUUUGCAGUCUGCCCUAAACGUCAAUCUUACCCUCUCUAAUUGACCUUAGAAGUCCUUACGUCACGUCACUGUCAGACAAUGGAUAUUUGACCCAUAUGUAUCCCACACUUCUAAGGGUUAUUGGAAUGAUCAUAUUUAUAGCCAAGAACAUGUUGCAGUCAGCGCACAACCUCCAACAGAUUUUAAUGGUCCUGAAAUUGCUAAACCUGAACCAGUUGAACAUCCAAAAAUUGACAAACCUGUCGUUACUCCUAAAUCUUCCUCAAGCAUGCCACCAAGUCCAAAUGCAUCAAAACCUAUUAAUAUUGCACCUCUUCCUGUUGGCAAGUCGACCAAACCAGUGCCGAAGAAAGAAGCAAAGUAAGUUUUAAAAUUUUACUUGUACGUUUUGUACAUUAUCUGUACCAACCUCGUUCAUAUAUUAAACAUGCUUGUGUCUUGAAAUAUGUGUUUCGAGUAAUUCAAGUUAGAAUCUCGUUCGAGUCAGCAGCAACAUAAGAAUAACAACAAAAACAAGAAUACAACAACAAAAACAACAAUUAUGACAGCACCAACAACAACAUAAUCAUCAUUAACAACAACGACAAAAAAGUACAAGAAAGAGAACUACAGUACAGAUACAACCUCGUACCCUUGGUCUUGGCAAGGGGAGAAAAGACCCUGGUGCCAUGGGAGAAAAGACGCUGGUCACGUGAUAUGCUAAAAUUUAGCAGAUUUCUAAUUAACUAUCUUGGAUUCCUCUACGACAAUCAUACAAAAUGCAAAUUAUAAAUUAAACUAUAAAAAUCAUCCAAAUAUCAAAUAUUUAUUGACCUUAUCUUGAAUUGUUAAUUAAAAAUCUGCUAGGUUUUAGCAGAUCACGUGACCAGCGUGCCAGGGCGAAGCAAGCUUCAAUCCCAUGGCACCGGGGUUUUUUGUCCCCUUGCCAAGAGGAAAGACUCUGGGUACGAGGUUGUAUCUGUACUGUAGUUCUCUUUCUUGUACUUUUUUGUCGUUGUUGUUAAUGAUGAUUAUGUUGUUGUUGUUGUUGUUGUUGUUGUUGUUGUUGUUGUUGUUGUUGUUGUUGUUGUUGUUGUUGUUGUUGUUGUUGUUGUUGUUGUUGUUGUUGUCGUAUUCUUGUUUUUGUUGUUAUUCUUAUGUUGCAGCUGACUCGAACGAGAUUCUAACUUGAAUUACUCGAAACACAUAUUUCAAGACACAAGCAUGUUUAUGAAUUUUUAAGUCAGUCUCAGUCUUUCGUUUGGACGAACGGUUCUCCAGAAUUUCGAAGAUGUGAGUUGAAAAUCUAUCCUACACCCGACAACUAUAUUUUCAUUGUCCUCUGCAGUGUCAGAAUACGUAUUAAGAUAUAUUCUGAGCAUAUAUAUAGUUAGAAUAGUCAACAAACGUUAUCCUAAUGUGUCUCAUAAAUAUUUUGGUUCUCAUGCAUAAAAUCAAAGUGACGGUUUCUCGAUAGGGAGUACGUGUAUAUUAAAUUGUAAAUGGAAAUUAUUUCCAUCAAGGGGUUAUCUCCACCUACUAUUUAAUUAUAUAGUCCGUUGUUGCUAUUCUCAAGUCAGCUGCUGCCUGCUGAAAAAUUACAAACAAUUAAUUUGAAAAUAUUACUCGCAAAUUCUUAUCAAACAAUUCAACACUUCCAAACGUUUACUUAAUAUUUUAUUUUACGUAUACAGAAGUCGUCCUACAAUCAGCAUAAUCUCUGCCCGUCCAAUGGAUCAAACUAGUUCUCUUUCUUCGGUUCAAUUCAAAAAUGAUAAGGCUGAACUAACUACACAAGAAGGUAACGUCAACAAUAAUCAACAGUCGGCUAACGCUGAGGUCACUGCUCAGGUCCCUACACGGCUCAAUAAACCCAGCAAACCUGCGCCACUCGCGCCAAGGAAGUCGCCUCCUAAACUUGAAGACAGGAACCCAAAGUCUGUUGACACGUCCAAAAAAAUGGCACCCGUGCCAAAUUUGAGAUCCAAAACUAAGACUUCUAAGAAAAAUUCUGGUUCGGUAUUUUAUAUUGAUACAUCGUCAGAUAGUGCUAUGGACACAAAAUCUUCAUCCACACCUACCAUUGAUAAUUCGUCUAAUGAAACUGUACAAAAACCAAAGCAAGUGACUUCUCAGUCGAAUCUUAAAUCGAAACCUACCUUGCCAGCACCAAGGAAACACAAAACAAAAAACGAACAACAAAAAGCUAGCGAUAUAGAUCCGGUUAUAAACACUAAAGCUAAACCACCUGAAAAAGCUGUGUCAAAACCUAAACUAAAACCUACGAUUAUCACUGCCAAAACACCGAAACAGCGAGACAAAACCGAUGAAGUGAAAAUCUCUUUAUCAAAAAAUGUGAACACAUCAAGCAUAACAAAAACUGCGGAUGAUGAUCGUCCUAGUCGUCCCAGUUUUCCACCGAGUGCUACUACAGAUGAAUUAAACAAAAAUGAAAGCCAACCUGAAAGACCCAAAGCACCACCAAAUACAAUCAAAGAAAAGGAAAGAGAUGUAGAAAUGAAACGGGAACAAAAGAAGGGUGAAAAAAAUGUACAGCCUGAGAAAAAACGACCAAAAUCAAAACCUACUAGACCACCUAUGACCAAGAAGCCUUCAAGACCUGCUCCAGCAAAACCAAAAGUUACAAGGUACAUAUUAGUUUGAUUUCUUCUCAUCAGAAGUAUGUGCGAAUAUGUAUUUGCAUGUGUUUCGAAAUGGUCUAGAGUUGCGAAUUGUCGCUAAAAAUUGUCCCGUAGGACAUCGCAUAAAUUGAUUUUCCCAUUGAGCUAUAUAGGUGUGAUAAGUCAGGGGAAGAAAUUGAAGCUUUGCUUUGUAGGUACCCUUCCUACAAAUUUUGUUGGGCAACGCAACUACAUUCUGCGUACGUUAUGUUUGAAAGAUUUGCCUAUACCAGUUUAAAUGUGUUUUUCAUCUGAGUCCGUGUUUGCUUACAAAAAUAAUUCAUAGUUUUUACCCGUGUGUAAACACACUGUGAAUUUAGGGUGUGUUCUGUGUCACGUUCGCGUAGUGGAAUUAAAGCUCUCUCUAUUAGAUUUGGACAUAUAGUAUUGCAUGACCCAAUAAAUACGUGUGUAUCAUUGGACGGAAAUAAAAAAAUGUGUGUAAAAACAGAAUCUCUGCAUGCAUGUGUAAAAAAAAUCUAAUGUGCAUGUGCAUGUAAAACUUUUGUUCUUGCAGAGGUGCACGCUUUAAUUAUGUUUCUAAAUUCUAAAAAUAUGCCUAGUAUAAUAUCGUUUACUAUAUAGUAUACAACAUAGUCAUAAUUUACAGAAUUUAAUUUUCUAAUGUGUUUCUGUACAGAAAGACAUCUUCAAAAACGAACGAUGUGUCCAAUAGCGAAAAGACAACCACUGAUAAAUCUGGUUUGGCCCAGCUAUCUGGUCCACCUCGUGCUCAGGCCAAGUUUGACUAUACUGGAGGAACAGAUGAUGACCUCACUUUCAAGGUGAGUACAUGGAAGUUCUAUAAUAAUGUAUAAUAAUAAUCUAUCUAUCUAUUUAUCUAUAUCUAUCUAUCUAUCUAUCUAUAUAUAUAUAUAUAUAUAUAUAUAUAUAUAUAUAUAUAUAUAUAUAUAUAUAUAUAUAUAUAUAUAUAUAUAUAUAUAUAUAUAUAUAUAUAUAUAUAUAUAUAUAUAUGGUAGUGUCAAAUUGGAAAAACUAUAUUAAGUUCAGCAAGGGCGGAUUUAGCAGGUUUUCCAUGGGGUAGUGCAUGAGGGAACCUUACUGCCCACUUUCCUCAUGCUACCAAGACGAAUUUAUAGCCAGAUAACAUGCUUAUAAUUUCAAUUCAGUACAUUAAAAUUAAUAGAAACCGAACGCAGAAGCGGUGAAACGGACCAUGUGACUAACAUCUAACUCACUGAGUCGAUGACCACUUUGUCAAAAGCGUGAUUACGAUGAAUAGUUAAUUCAAAAUGGUUCAAGUGUCAUGAAAAAAUAAAACGACAAUUUGUUUCAUUUUUGUCUAACAUAAACAUAAUUUUUUCGUGUUUCAGGAAUAUUCAUAUAAUAUAUAUAGACUAAUAUAGUUUCACUAUAAGACGAUGUCAAUACUGUAUGACUGUAUCCAUGAUAGAGUACGGUUUUAAAGUGAAAACAAGUUCAUUCAAAAUUCAUCCGAAAAUUGCAUUUAUCGCGUGUUCAUCCGAAAAUUGCAUUAUAUUGUUUAUGUUAUACAUGUUUAUGUUAUACUGUACGUGCAGUUGUCUGAUAACUUGAAAUAACUUUGACGGUGUCGAACAGUAUUAACAUCAUGUUACUGAAAGUCUGGAAGCAAGUUAGGAAAUCACGAUUUCGCUUGCGUAUGAAGGCCAGUUCAAACCAGUCCAGCAUUUUGCUACAAGAUUAUCCAACUUUGUUGGGACUGUUUGAACAUUUUGUUUAGUAAUGUUUGCUGACAUUAUAGAUCAGGUUUGACUUCGGACCAUCAAUGCUGGACAGUCACUGCAUAAUAAAGUAACCAUAUAGGCCUAAGAAUUUUAUUACCCUUAUAUUUUAGGCUGGUGAUACAAUAAUGCUGACAAGUAAGGUUGACGAUGAUUGGCUAGUUGGCUAUCUUGAGAAAAAUGUUAUGCAUCAAGGAUUGUUUCCAUGGAGUUUUGUUGAGAUUAUUGUUGCUUUGAAGGAGCAGCCUAACGAAAAACCGGUAUACUUUAUUACUUUCCACUCAACAUAUAGUAUAUUAUUCAGAAACAUACCCUUAAAUUUACUGCUGCGCAUGUGCACAUGGUGCAGUUUGAAAAAGUUUGUGUAGAAAAUCUGUAAAUUUUAUCAAUUAAAGAGGCUGUCAAGUCCGUUCUGCUCAUGCGCGUGUUUUGUGUACAUUUUUGUUUCAAACAAUAGAUAAUUUAAUUACAAUUCCGAUCUGUGGGCCCACAACAGGGUCUUAGCUAGAAGGCCGUGUUGGCCGUGUUAUCGCGGCCAAAAUGUAAAAACACGGCUAGAUGAAAUGAACGCGGCUUCAGUAUUUAUUUUUGGCCGUGCAUGUAGGUUCAUAAAAUAAGGUGUUUCUACUUACAACAUACAUAAUUUCUUUGUAAAAUCUACUGUAGUUGUUGAAAUUGCUAAAAGUGAUCCGUGAUGUUUUAAUGUUUUGAUGGAUAAUGGGCACCGUAUGGUUGUUAAAAUGUCUUUAAAUGCCCCAAGGGUUGCUAAAAUAAUUUAUUAUAAUGUCAGUGCGAAAUAUUAGCGUAUGCUCGCCUCAUAUUUGGUUGAAAAGCAUAGAACAACCACAGGUAUAGUCUAUUGUUAACAAGCAUAACUGGAAUCGUGUUUUAAAGGCUAUUCAAGGCAAUUGACAUGCACAUGGGCACACCCUGAAAAUUUAGAAACACGCUGGCCCACAAGUUAGCUCAUUACGCAUUCAGAAUAUAUCACGAGGAAAAAUUGAACUACUAAAGCAACAAUAUAAUUUAGCCCCAAAACAAGAAAUUUUAAAUGGAAAAUGCUAAGAAGCACUUCUUACAGAGGUCUGGACAAAAUUUAACUGCAAUUUGUACAAAUUUUGUCCAUACCUUUGUAUUUCAAUCUUAAAUUUGUCGUUUUGGAGCUAAAUGUAUACAAAUUUCAAUCAAAUUUUGUCCAUACCUCUGUAAGAAGUGCUUCUUAGCGUUUUCGAUUUAAAGUUUCUUUGCUUUAGUAGUUCAAUUUUUCCUUCGUGAUAUAUUCUGAAUGCGUAAUGAGCUAACUUGGGGGCCCACAGAUCGAAAUUUUAAUUAAAUUAUCUAUUGUUUGAAACAAAAGUGUAAACAAAACACGCGCAUGAGCAGAACGGACUUGACAGCCUCUUUAAAUAACAUCACUCAAAGUUAUUUUAUACCUUUUCAUAAGGAAUCCCACAUUCAAACUACCGUGCAGUAUGUUUACCAUGUUAAUUUCAAACUUCUUUCUAUUAAAAUUCCUCCUGAACCGUUCCAGUAGCAAAAUUGUCAUCUUUACCAAACCAAAUGUAUCCAUCAUUUCUUAAUAUACUGUACAAAAUGCCCUCAUCUUUAUUGCUAUUCCCGAAUGAGUAUUCAACGGCAUCUAAUAUUCUUGUUUUGAUAUUUCGUUUUAACGAAUGCCUUCAUUGCUUUGACAAUAGAGACGUCAACUGUUAGUUGGCCAUUAGGGCGUAGACUACUGUAAAUGUUAAUACUUAGUUACAAUCAGUUAGGAAAACCGUAUAAUUUAUUGUUCUGUGUUUAUGUAGAAUAGAAAAGAAGUUCCUUCGGAGCCCUAUGCCACUGCACUUAAUGAUUUUCAAGGACAAAGUGAAGCAGAAUUAUCAUUUUCAUCAGGAGAAACGAUCAUUUUACUGGAAAGAAUUAAUGACGAGUGGUUAAAGGGCAAGUCAAAUAACUCAAUUGGAAUAUUUCCUGCAAAUUUUGUAGAAAUAAAACAUGAUUUACCAGCAAUAACAAAUCAGACUCGUGUUGUGACGCCAGAACAGACUGACAAUAGUCUUAAGACAAACGCCAGCAGUGAAGAAUGGUGCCAAGCUAUUCACGACUACCAAGGAGAACAUACUGAUGACUUAAGUUUUGUUGUUGGAACAAAAAUUAAGAUCGUAGAAAGAGUAAGCCAAGACUGGUUUAAAGGAGAGCAUUCUGGGAAAUCUGGAAUAUUUCCAGCUUCUUUUGUAGAAGUUAUCGGUGAGGCUAGCAAAACAUCACAAGGUUAGUCACUAUUUGUUACUAAGAUAUUACUAUACGGAUCAAUGUUCAGGUAUGCACCCUUUAGGUAUGCACCUGACGACCAGUGACCACGUUGGCCGAACAUCUUAUUUUGUCCAAGAUGGACUACGGUGAUCUUGUUUUUAACCCUCUCCCCUACUACUUUUAAGUAGGCUGCAAAAGAUCCAGUUUUCGGCAGCUUUAGCUUUGUUACCGGAAAAUAUGUGAACUUUACGGAAACUCAAUUAAAGCUUAACUGGCUGCCGAUGCGUGAACGUAGAGAUUUCAACCUACUCAAAGCCACCCAUAAAGCAAUUUAUUCACAGAACGGGCCGAAGUAUCCAGCAGUUGAACUAUAUAAACCAGCUCGCGCAGCCUGCCUGCGCUCGUGUACCAGCUUAAAUUUGGUUAGGCCCAUGGAAAAGGGUACUUUCCAAGACAUUUCAUCCGAACUGUUCAAUAGCCUACCAUCUGACAUUAGAUCUAUAUCAGACUACAGUCAAUUCUGUACGAAAGUUAGGGCCGUACUAAAGUCGCGUAUAAUGUAAAUAUGCACUGCCAAUAACAUUUUUAUAUAAAUAUUCAUUUACUAUAUUACCUAUGUUUGUAUAUAUAUUUACUCUUAGCUAAAAUUUUUGUAUGUAGUUUCAAUAGAGGAAGAGCCACCUCGUGGAUCUUAUUGAAUAAAUUAUUAUUUAUUACCUCGUUCAGUUCGAAGAAGCAGUUUUAGUAAGUACAGAUUAAAAAGACAAUCAUAUACCCCAAACUCAGAAGUACUAAGUACAUGAUUAAGAGACUGAUUGCAGAGACUGAUUAAGGUACGGAGGUAUUGUGCUUGGUACAGAUAUAUUAAGGUACAGAGGUACUGUGCUUGGUAAGGUAUACAGAGGUACUGUACAGAAAGAGGUACACUAGGGUACAGAGUAGAGAGAUGGGUUUUUUUAUCAAGAAUUAAGCUAAUUCAAUGGUGUUAUUGAUACAGAGAUUUAGCGACAGUGAAACCCAAGCUUCAUCGUUCGAUUGCUAAAAAGUGAAGAGGUGAUAUUUAUGAACUGCGCAUGCGUAUCAAGCUUAUAUCUCAGAAAACGUCUGAGCCUUGACAGGAAUUUAGAUAUUCUUUGUGUAUACCAUGGCCAUGUUGACAUCAUUGGUGGGAACCAUAUGCGUUAUGGCAUCGCCACCGUGUUAGAUGAAGUGGAGAAAGGAUUACUUGUUUGCACUUCUAAUUCCAUCUAUUCCUCUGUUCUUUUAUUUCUUGGAGAUUGGUUGCAUGCGAUUUAUAGGAACGAUAAAGUGCUUUUGUCGUAGUUUCGUUUUUAGUCGUUCGUGCAUGAGCUAACAGUACAGUACAGUAUAGUACAGUACAGUACAGUACAGUACAGUACAGUACAGUACAGUAUAGUAUAAUUACAGUAUAAUUACAGUACAGUACAGUGCAGUACAGUACAGCGGCAAAUUAAAAAAUUGUAAACCUUCGAACUAAAUCUGUAAUUAAUUAAGAAUAAAUUAUUCAUUAUUUUAUAUAUUUUAUUUUUUCUAGAUUUCUCUUUAGUAACGGCUGUACAUGAUUAUCCUGGUGAAAGUGCUGAUGAUCUGUCAUUUAAAACUGGUGAUAAAAUCAAAGUUAUUGAACGUAUCAACUCGGAUUGGCUUAUGGGAGAAUUUAAUGGAAAACAAGGAUUGUUUCCUGCUUCGUUUGUAGAAGGUCUACAGUCUGAAUCUUCAUCAGUAAUUCAAACUUCUGACAAGGAAAAAGAACAAACUAAGGUUUGUUACAGUGAAAAUACAAAAAGUGUCCCACUUCCGCUUCUGUAGUUUGUUGUGAUUUACUGUAAUUUGUUCUGUUUUUCUGUAGAGAUUACCGAUUUAUCGGCAAAUACCGCGAUAAAACUUAGUUUUUUCUGUUUUUAAAUAUGAUAAUUUGUAGCAAAGGGAAAUAAUAAAUUUUUCGUGAGUUUCAUUGCAUAAAAGGAACGAAAUUUAAAUUUUAUCAGUAGAUCUUCUGAGACCAAUUGCACUAACAAGUACCUUGUCCAAAGUCCAAGAGUCAUACGCCACCAAAUGGAUUUAUGAAGAUGUUCGGGAAAAAAUUAGUGAAUUCCAGUUUGGCGGCCUUCCUGGUACAUCUGCAGUUCAAGCCUUGAUCUACUUACUGCAUAAAUGGCACUCGCAAUGCACACUCCAGGAAAGGUCAUUAGAAUCGUUUUUCUUGAUUUUCGGAAGGCGUUUGAUCUUGUAGAUCACAACAAGCUUCUUGAGACCUUCACUGGAAUCGGUGUACGGCCCGCAUUAGUGGGUUGGUUUGCGUCCUAUCUACAUGGCAGAUCGCAAUUUACAUCAUUUCAAGGUGAGCAAUCAGACCUGCGAAAGAUCAGGGGUGGAGUCCCACAGGGUAGCAAGCUGGGUCCAAUAGCAUUUAUCCUAAAAAUUAACCAUCUCCCACAAGUCGCUAUACCUAAUGAGCAGGAACAGAUAUGUGAAGCAUCUGAUGAUCAAGAUAUAGCUAUGUUCGUUGAUGAUAGUACAUUGUCCGAAGUCAUUACCAUAACUCAACAUUCAUCUGGUAGCCCAAUUGGUCACACCCAACGAAGUGUAAAUAACGUAGUGCAAUUUGCAAAGGAUGAGAGUAUGGAACUGAAUGGAAAAAAAUGUAAAGAAAUGCUAAUUGAUUUUCAGAAGAAGAAAACAGAAAUACCACUGAUUAAUAUUGGCGACGAUAAAAUAUCCCGUGUAAAGUCGUAUAAAUUGUUAGGAAUAUGGAUAGACGAUGACAUGAGAUGGAAAACCAACACUGAGUAUAUUGUAAAAAAAGGCGCUAAGCGACUUUACCACUUGAAGAUUUUAAAGAGUUAUGGUGCAAGAAAAAAUGACCUAUUAGCUUUCUAUUGUACAGUAAUUCGUUCUGUUCUGGAGUAUGGUGCACAAAUCUGGAGUGGUGGUCUGACACAAAUGCAUAAGAAAAACAUAGAAAGAAUCCAAAAACGAGCCCUCCGAAUAAUUUAUCCUGGCCUUUGUGAUUAUGGACUUCUAUUAUCUCAGAGCAAUCUGCUGACCUUAGAAGAACGCAGAAAUAAUUUAUGUGCCUCCUUAAUUGAGAACAUGUUACAACCAUCACACAGACUUCACGGACUAUUGCCAAAGAAACUGAGUGACAUCAGGGAAAGAGAGACUAGGACAAAUGGUGAAAAGAUUUAUAACUUUUUUUGCAACACUGAACGUUUUAGAAACAGCCCUGUAGUUCAUGCUAUUAAUGAAUAUAAUUUUAAAUUAGAAAAGUAAGAUUUAUUUACAUUUUUAUACAAUUCCAUAUAUAUAUAUAUAUAUAUAUAUAUAUAUAUAUAUAUAUAUAUAUAUAUAAACGAUUUUAAUAUACAUAUAGGUCCAUUGAUGUAAAUAGUUUUAAAUAAGUAAUAAUUCUAAUUAAUUCUAAUUAAUAUCUGACGAUGUAAACACGUUGUAAUUUAGCUUGCUAUUGAACGUGUAUUAAUAAACCCACUAUUAUUAUUAUUAUAGUAUUUGCCGAUAAAUCGGUAAUCGCUACAGAAAAACAGAACAAAUUACAGUAAAUCACAACAAACUACAGAAGCGGAAGUGGGACACUUUUUGUAUUUUCACUGUAAGUUACGACUGUCUGCAUGUUAUUGGUAUAAUUUUCUCGUACAAAACGUGUUACAAUCGAGAAUAUGUACGUCGGCUUGAUUAUUAAUUGUUACUCGCACUGUGAUUUCGUUGUCCACCUUAACUUUACAUCAUAUUUGAGUUUUAUACAAUUAAAUUAAAUAUUCAAAGGAAACAGUAAGAAAUAUCAGUGAUUUGGUUAACCAAUGGCAGUAUUAAAUCAAUGGAAUUCUGAAUUCAAAUACCUUCAAAUAUGCGUGAAUCAUAAUUUUGGCCAGUUUUUGACAAAUUAUAUUUGGAAUAUUUGAAGUCCUUAGAAAAUCUUAAGUUCCUAGCCAAUCAGAACAACUGCGAUUUAUAAUAAUCCUAUUUUCAUUUGACAUAUUGUCAAUGGCAUGAUUUUUCAUGAUGAUCGAAGGUCAUGAGAAUGGUUUUCUUUACUUAAUUCUCCUUUUUGACAAAGUUUUGUUUGCAGCUUUUGUAAUAUAUUCAAAACAGCUUGUUUGUGUGGCCAAUCGGAACAGACUAAUGAUGUCAGUGCUAAGUUGUUUGUAAUUUGGUAUACAACUUCGCAACCCAAUUCACUUUGUUUUACAUUUCAUGUGAAAUAGUUUCUGCGCCUAAUGCAUAAAAAUGUGUCAGAGAACACAAAGAAAUGGAUUUAAUAAUUAUCAUAUAAUAAAAAUCCUAUAGAAUGGUUUGAUUUAUAAUACUGCCGAGCAUUUUACCCGUCUCCCUCCCGUAGCCCUUUCGGCGCUCGGAAAAAUAUAUGUGUGGAACCGUUCGAUAGUAUAUAUGGAAAUAACAUUGCUUAGCUGAUGAAAUUUGCUUUCUUUCAGAACUUCCUCAUGGCUAAAGCUAUUCAUGACUUUAGUGGUGAAAAUCCUGGUGAACUACAUUUUAGUGUUGGUGACGUAAUUCAAGUACUCCGUGAGAUUGAUAGUAAUUGGAGCGAGGGAAGAAUUAAUGAUGUGUCUGGAAUGUUUCCAACUGCUUUUGUGGAAAUUCAACCUCCAGCAUCAAAAGGUAUAAAAAGAGUUGAAGAUAUAACUUCGAGCCAACUUCACUCACAUCCAUGGAAUGUAUAGGGCAAAGCUACUGGAAAACAUAAAACACGUUCUGCGAGUUUAUUGAACACCUGCAAGAACGACGUCCUUUGAGAUAUAUACUGUAUUGUACUUAGUUGUCCUGGACACUCGUUAAGCAUUGAUUGUUUCUUUUGCUUUUGCUCUGUGCAUAGUUAAUUCAGGGUUUUUUAUGCUAUAUAAUUGAGUCUCUUUAAAAGCUUUGUUUCAAAGCAGUCACAAUUACCUCAGAUUUCGUAUCAUGCACGUGGCAAUACUAGUCAUGUUUAAAAUGAAAUUUAUUUUCCAAAUAGAAGCUAUAACUCGAUAUCAAUAUUUGCCUUGAAUAAACAUUUAAAUAACAAACUCUUUCACGAACUACGUAGCUCUGUCUCUCAACAACUAACGAUCUCUCUCUACCAGUCUUUGAUUACGCAUUCAUGCGUGAACUUGUUUUUGUAUGCAACAGUUACAAACUACUCCGUCAACUAGCCUUAAAAAUGUGGUUAAUUUUUUAAUGUAGACAGCACUUAAACAAUAUUUACACUUAUGCAAUGAAAACAAUAUUUUCAGUGUUUUUAAAUAUUUAAAAAUAUUAGUUUUUCCAUAUGCAGCAAGGAUAAGCUAUGGAACGUGCAUGCAAGCAAAUAGACAAUAUUUAUUUAUUUAGUAUAUAAUCAUGUACAUUAACUACUUUUCUCUCUUGUAGAAAAAAUGUUGGUAUAAUUUGCAGUCGUAUCUCGUGAAAAUCAGUUGAAUAGAUUCAUAUUGCUUUUCUUAUUAGACGAAGUCUACGCCAAGGCUCUGUAUGACUUUGCUGGGGAAUCUGAACACGAUCUUUCGUUCAAGGUACAGUGCACAAUAUGCAUGCAUGCGCAAACAUUUUUACAAAUUACCAGGUGGAAAAAGUAUCAGGUCCUGUAAAUUUGUGCCGAAAAUAUUUCACAGAAACUUUUAGUACAUGAGAUGCAUGUAAUUAAAUUUUCACUAUGUCCCAUUUCCAGUACAUUUUUUAGUCAGAAUCCCAUGAAUGUUCCCAGAUUUAAAUUUUUCCAUAUCUGCAAAUUACAAGUUAUUUAUACGUGAUGAUGAAGGUGUAGUACUGUUAAUGACAAUGUUCCACAUCACAUCCAUGCUCACCUUAUAACGUUGCUCGCUAAAGGUUGAUUCCUGCCUUUGUGAGAGAUUCUAUUACAUUUCACUUGUUCAACUUUCUUCGAGCAUUCGUUGCAUUACUUUAAUGCAACAUUACAACACAAACAUAGCCAUCGUUAUCUUAAUUGUUGGCGUAGUUUUGCGUGUAAAUUUGUUACCAACGCUGCAGCUUAUUUUUAGGCUGGAGAUACAAUUAAAAUUUUGGAACAUGUUAAUGAUGAUUGGUGUUCUGGGUCCAAUGGAGGGAAGAUUGGUCAUUUCCCAUCUUCGUUUGUCCAAAUCUUGUCUUUACGAUGAAUCGUCUCUUCAAAGUAUACAUGUAGAAGAAAAUGAUCAGGACUGCAACAAAUUUUAGAAAGGUCCAGGUGUUGCGUUAAAUUUUGCAAUUCUGUUCUCG